AUGAAGCCUGGGAGAUCAACAGUUCCCUUCAGGGAACUCACAACAGUGGAGCCAGGCUCUAAGUUAGUUUCUAGGCCUGACUGGGAACCUGAGCCACCCCAGAUACCUAUCACUCAGCCAGAGUCUGAGCCAGAAAAGACACCCACAGCUCAGCCAGCAUCUAAGGCUCAGCAGGCACCCGAUACACCACAGAAGCUCACUGCACAGCAAAGACCCCUUGCCCAACAGGAAACUGAAGCCCAGCAGGGAUGUCCAGCACAACAAAAAUCCGCUCCGUACCAGGAAUUUCGUGCCCCACAGGAGUCUGCCCCACAGCCAUCACCUCCCAUCCAAAGGGUGGCCUUUAGUAAACAGGAAGCUGCCUCACAGCACAGACUAGGGCCAGGAGAAGAAUCUAGAACUCAACAGGACCCAGAACUGAGAGAGGGAUCCAGAGCCCAGCAGCAACCUGAACCCCAAAAUGAACCACCUGCCCAGACUGAACUGAUGUCCCAAGAGAGACGGCAACAGUCAGACCUUGCAACUCAGGGAGUCAAAUACAGAGAGGAAUCUUGGGCUGAGUGGCAAUUUCUAUCAAAACCAAAUGAACCAUCCGAACAGCCAUCGACCUCAGAAUCGAAGACAUCUCUUGAGUGGGUCACAGAUUCAGGCACAAAACCAGAUGUGGGGUUCACAUUAGACAUUGAUUCACCAGCCACUCUGGGUAGGAUGGCGGCCCCUGGAGUGAAGAUGGCCUUCAAAGAGCAACCUGGUUACGAAAUGAUGUCAGGAUUCGGUAGGAUGUCAACACCAAGGAGGAAAAUCAGCAGCCAGAAUCCCAGACAAUACCAGUACACAGCCUCACGGCUCUUGCAGAGGAUGGACCUGCGCACCAUGACACAGUCUCUGGUGACCCUGGCUGAGGACAACAUGGCCUUCUUCUCCAGCCAGGGCCCCGGGGAGACCGCCCGGCGGCUGACGGGCGUCUUUGCGGGCAUUCGGGAGCAGGCCCUGGGGCUGGAGCCGACCCUGAGCCGCCUGCUGAGCGUGGCACACCUCUUUGACCUGGACACAGAGACGCCAGCCAACGGGUACCGAAGCCUGGUGCAUACGGCUCGCUGCUGCCUGGCGCACCUGCUGCACAAAUCGCGCUACGUGGCCUCCAAUCGCCGCAGCAUCUUCUUUCGCACCGGCCACAACCUGGCCGAACUCGAGGCCUACCUGGCCGCCAUCACCCAGCUCCGCGCUCUGGCUUACUAUGCCCAGCGCCUGCUGACCACCAACCAGCCCGGGAGGCUCUUCUUUGAGGGUGACGAGAGGGUCAUUGCCGACUUCCUACGAGAGUACAUCACGCUGCACAAAGGCUGCUUCUACGGCCGCUGCCUGGGUUUCCAGUUCACGCCCGCCAUCCGGCCAUUCCUGCAGACCAUCUCCAUCGGACUGGUGUCCUUCGGGGAGCACUACAAACGCAACGAGACCGGCAUCAGUGUGACCGCCAGCUCCCUCUUCACUGGCGGCCGCUUUGCCAUCGACCCCGAGCUGCGUGGGGCCGAGUUUGAGCGGAUCAUUCAGAACCUGGAUGUGCACUUCUGGAAAGCCUUCUGGAAUAUCACCGAGAUCCAGGUGCUAUCGUCUCUAGCAAACAUGGCCUCGACCACCGUGAGGGUAAGCCGCCUGCUCAGCCUGCCGCCCAUCGCCUUUGAAAUGCCUCUGACCUCGGACCCCGAGCUCACGGUCACCAUCUCACCCCCGCUGGCCCACACAGGCCCCGGGCCCGUCUUCGUGAGGCUCAUCUCCUAUGACCUGCGGGAAGGACAGGACAGCAAGGAGCUCAGCGGCUUCAUCAGGUCCGAGGGCCCCAGGAGCCUGGAGCUGCGGCUGCGCCCCCAGCAGGCACCCCGCUCCAGGGCCCUGGUGGUGCACAUCCACGGCGGCGGCUUCGUGGCCCAGACCUCCAAGUCCCACGAGCCUUACCUCAAGAGCUGGGCCCAGGAGCUGGGCGCCCCCAUCCUCUCCAUCGACUACUCCCUGGCCCCCGAGGCCCCCUUCCCCCGGGCACUCGAAGAGUGCUUCUACGCCUACUGCUGGGCCGUCAAGCACUGUGCCCUCCUGGGCUCAACAGGUGAGCGGAUAUGCCUCGCCGGAGACAGCGCCGGUGGGAACCUCUGCUUCACCGUGUCCCUUCGGGCAGCAGCCUACGGGGUGCGGGUGCCAGAUGGCAUCAUGGCAGCCUACCCGGCCACCAUGCUGCAGUCCACCGCCUCUCCUUCCCGCCUGCUGAGCCUCAUGGACCCCCUGCUGCCUCUCAGCGUGCUUUCCAAGUGCGUCAGCGCCUAUGCCGGUGAGAAGACUGAGGACCACCCCGACUCAAACCAGAAGGCGCUGGGCAUGAUGGGGCUCAUGCAGCGGGACACGGCCCUGCUCUUCCGAGACCUCCGCCUGGGAGCCUCCUCGUGGCUCAACGCCUUCUUGGAGCUGGGCGGGCAAAAGUCCCACCUGAAAUCGGUGUCCAAGACCGAGCCAAUGCGGCGCAGUGUGUCUGAAGCAGCCCUGACCCAGCCGGAGGGCCCACUGGGAACGGACUCCCUCAAGGGCCUGAAGCUGCAUGACCUGAGCCUCAGGAACAGCUGCGAGACACCAGACACCCCGGAGCUGUCACUGUCGGCGGAGACACUCCGCACCUCCACACCCUCAACCGUCAACUUCUUACUUGGGUCUGAGGAUAGAUCUGAAGUGUCUGAGGCCCCAGAGGAGCUGAGCAACAAGGACCGAGUUCGAGGUGUGGGCGCGGCCUUCCCCGAGGGCUUCCACCCACGGCGCUGCAGCCAGGGUGCCAUGUGGAUGCCCCUCUACUCGGCCCCCAUCGUCAAGAAUCCCUUCAUGUCACCUCUGCUGGCACCCGACAGCAUGCUGCAGACCCUGCCACCUGUGCACAUCGUGGCCUGCGCGCUGGACCCCAUGCUGGACGACUCGGUCAUGUUCGCGCGGCGGCUCCGCGGCCUGGGCCAGCCCGUGACGCUGCGCGUGGUGGAGGACCUGCCGCACGGCUUCCUGAGCCUGGCGGCGCUGUGCCAGGAGACGCGGCAGGCCGCUGCGCUGUGCGUGGAGCGCAUCCGCCUCGUCCUCAAUCUGCCAGGCCCGCCGGUCUGA